CAGUAGUCUCUUGUUCUCCUCUUUGCUCUGGCGUUGUCCCUCUAUCUCUGUGAAUCCGAUUCACAUAGUGCCAGUGUGCCACAACGCUUGUCACCGGUUACCGAGGACUCGACGGGCGGCGCCUCUUCGUUCUUAUUAGUAACGCCCUAUUUGGAGUCUCCAUCCUGUAUCUACCCGAUUGGACUCGUCUACGGUCAUACAAAGCUGGGAGUGAACAUGGUAUUUGAUAUAUGCCUCUAGACUAUUGCAACUUUCAAUUUACUGAACAUGUCAUUCUUAAAAGAUCUUUGCUUUGAUUGUGAGGCCCAGUUUAUAUCACUGGUUUUACACAGCUCUUCAACAUUUUCAGAAAUUUUUAGCUACACGCCAUUAAGACAAUUAUUGCAAAUGUUCAUCGCAAUAAUGUUCUUCCAUGUUUCUGAGUAUUUUCUUGCAAUCGCCAUUCACGGGAAGUCAAAAGUAACUCUCAAGUCCCUUCUGAUCAGCAAAAACUAUGGAGUGGCCAUGGUCUUCUGCCUGUUAGAGUACCACGUCGAAAUAUACUUCUUUCCUCAGAUGAAGGAACAUUGGUGGAUAAACAAUCUGGGCCUGGCAAUGGUUGUUAUAGGUGAGAUCAUCAGGAAGCUAGCUAUUGUAACUGCCGGUCAGUCCUUUACUCAUCUCAUAAAAAUCUAUCACGAGGAACAUCACAAGCUAGUUACUCACGGAAUCUAUAGAUACAUACGCCAUCCCAGCUAUUGUGGGUUCUUGAUCUGGUCUGUUGGUACCCAAAUCAUGCUUUGCAACCCAAUUUCAACCAUUGCAUUUGCGAUAGUUGUCUGGCGAUUCUUCUACGAGAGGAUACCGUACGAGGAAUAUUUCUUGAGGCAGUUUUUCGGUAGUCAGUACGAAGAUUAUGCCGAAGAAGUUCCUUCUGGAGUUCCAUUUGUGAAGUGAUGCUCUUACAUUUUGUUAGUAAGACAUUUGACUUAUUGGUAACAUGUGGAUUGGCAAUGCUAGUUUUGUGAAAUGGCCAAAUAUCAUGUUUCCACUCUCAUAUGUUUCUCUCAUGGUUUAUGUUUUGUUUGAUGUUUUUCAUUCUAGAGAUGCUCUUACAACAUUUGUAGCCCGUUAUAAUGUUUCAAGUGUUUUGGACUCUUGGCCCCAUUAAUCAAAUACAUUUUUUGUACC